ACAGGGCGAUGCAACAAGGAAACCGCGCUCAGAUGGAAUGGCAGUUGAUGUUACAAAAUUUCUUUGCAGAAACCGAGGCUGUCUGCUGUACAGGGAGCUAAAGCAGAUGAUGCCACUGUCAGAGGAGCAGCUCAUCGAGAUCCUGAAGGACAGCAGUAAAUUUGUCAUAAUUAAAGGCAGGGAAGGAACGAUCCGAGGAAACAAUCUGAGCCCUGACAGCACAAUAAUUGCAAAAUCAAGUUUGCGACUGUGUACGAGAUACCCCGACUGUGAAAAAUGUGAUGAUCUGCACCUGUGCAAAUAUUUUGUUUGUGGCCACUGCUUUAUUGCAAGUGGCAAAUGCAGAAACUCACACGAUAUCCAUUCGGACCACAAUGGAGCUGUUCUGAGAGCCCAUUUUCUGCAAGACCUGGACGAAGCUGAGCUGUUUCAACUCCUGCUGCAGAACGACUCCUACCUUCUGCCUGAGGUCUGUCGUCAUUACAAUCAGGGCAAUGAAGAAUAUGGAUCAUGUGACUACAAAAAAAACUGCUGCAAACUCCAUGUCUGUCGGUACUACUUACAAGGGAACUGCAGGUUUGGUGCUCAUUGCUGGAAGUCCCACAGCUUUGACCAGAAUACUUGUUUAACUCUGAAAGGCUGGGGAGUCAGUGAGGACAAAAUUGGUGACCUGCCUGACAUUUAUAAGAACAAACACAGAAUUAAAGAAGCCGAGGAGCCAGUCAGUGCUGGAGUAUUCAAUGAUUGAUGACCUUUGAGCUGAUGAAUGAUGACCUUUGAACAACUUUUCCUCUUAUAUUUUCUUAUUUGAGAAUUGUUCUGUACUGUGGGUGUAUGCAUGCAGUUUCCAUAAACACAUUUUGACAGUUGUCCUUAAAGUAUACAUAUUAUUGUAGCCUACAUACUGUAUAUUUCUAUUAUAUUUCUAUGGUGAUUAGGGCCUAGGACAUGCUGGUAUGUCUGAUUAUUCUUUUCUUUGCAUAGACUUGAAUGCUUUUUAUAUGACUUUGAUUAAGACAAACCUAUUAAAAUAAUUGGGGAGUUGGUAUUUAUGUGAUUUCCUGCAUAUAGUGAUUCAUUAUUACUAGUGUCUUCUCAACCAGACAACAUCCUUCAUUGCCUAAUUCAUUCCUAACUCAUUCCAUUGCUAUUGUGAUAAUGAAUUAAUUAUCAUAUCAAUCAUAUUUAGAUUUGUGUCAUAUAGCAGUACCACAUAGAAAUGAAUAAAGUAAAUAUCAAUCAUAUUUAUUGGGAGGAAAUAAAAGCGGAAUAAAUACUUUUGCUGUGUGAAGUAAA